CUCGCCUGGUGAGAGUGUUGGUCAAGUGACAAGAACUAAACGACAUUCACGACGUCGUGAGAAGGACUUGGCGAAUCUAGGUUUCACAAACGCAAGCCACUCGCCCCAUAUGAGCACACCUGGGUCAGACCGGCCGUGCAAAGUCUUGCUGUUCGGCCUAGGAGCCAUUGGUGGUUUCUACGCAUACAUACUAGGCAAGAACAAGAAUGUAUCACUGUCCGUGAUAGCAAGAUCGAACUACGAUGCUGUGAAGCAACACGGCUUGAAGAUCGACAGUGACGUCCAUGGGAAGUGCGACGUGAAUAUCGAUCACGUCUACAAAUCAAUACCAGACAUUGCCAACACAACUUUUGAUUUCAUCGUCUGCGCUCACAAAGCCAUUAAGCCCGCCACAAUCCCUCCCCUCUUCAAGCCUAUCACCAACGACCAGACGACAUUCGUCAUAAUCCAGAAUGGCGUCGGCAACGAAGAGCCCUUCCGCACAGUUUACCCCUCGAACAGCAUAAUCUCCUGCGUAGCUUGGACCGGCGCAGUACAAAAGACCCCCGGCAUCAUAACCCACAGCACGAACGAAAGCCUCUUGAUCGGCAUCUUCCCCAAUCCGACCCUCGACCCAGAUCUCGAACAGACCCGUCUCCAAACCUUCGCCGACCUCCUAAAGCAAGGAGGAACAAACUACACCAUCGAACCUGACAUCCAAAUCGCUCGCUGGGAAAAGGUCGUCUGGAACGUAGCCUGGAAUCCACUCACAGCACUAACAGGCCUUCCCGUUCAAACCUGGUUGGAGACUUCUCCCGAAGCAAGAACGUUCACGAAGCAAUUGAUGGAAGAUGUCAUCGCUGUGGGGCGGAAACUCGAUGUUCCGUUGAAAGACGGAUUGGCAGACGAGCUGAUCGCGCGGGUGAUGGCGAUGAAACCUUUGAUCUAUAGUUCCAUGUACCAGGACGCGCAGUCGGGAAGACCAUUGGAAAUGGAUGUUAUUGUCGGAUUUCCAAUGCGGAAAGCAAAUGAGUUUGGAAUGGAGGUGUCCGCGCUGAGGGCCAUAUUCGCUUUGACGAAUGCGGUCAAUUCGAGGCUGACGAGUGGCUCGGAAGGCUGAAAUCAGUUGGGAAGUUCGAGACGCUCAGUGUUGGGGAGAGCGUUGUUCACAGUGAAGUUGUGCAGUUUGAGUGCGCUGAUAUAAAACCUUUGCGCGGCAUAGGUUAUUCUCUGCCUCUUCGGAGACCGGGGAACAGAUAGAAGUAGUCGACAUCUCAAUAUGGA